CGUCGAUUACGAGAACGGUAUUUUCUCGCAAUCGUUGGUUUAACUAAAUCCACCGUGGAAACGGAGUGCACAUCCAUGCGCAACCACCGUCAGCUGUUGGCUACACUCGGAUGUUGGUCCUUUCUCUUUUUUCAAUUUCCAUCAACGCGGGAUUGUUGGAAACGUUGGAAACUCGCAGGGUUCAUGCGUCGCACGAGAUAAUUCAAAGCGAGGACGGUGUUUUUUUAAGCCAAGAAAUACACAUUCCAAGGGAGGCGUAGAAGAUGGGUGAGACGAUAAAGUACUAUGGCAAGAGACGCAGCAUCGUACGUCGAAUUGGUUCCUAUCUACCACUGAAGCCACCGCCAAAAAUAUACGUCAGUGUAACUGCGUUACAUUCUAUGACGAGUUCAAUGAUCAAUGAAGAAACCAGUGAUGAUUCGCCAAAACCUAAUGGCAUAGAACCUGACAAUGGUCGACUCAUGGGCAGCAGACCAGAUCUGCUGGAACCAAUCAGCUUUGGUUCCGAAAUUCGAUUGCUCGCACUGGAGCAAGAGCUUCAGGUGCUGAGAGAACAGGUGGCCGCCAUAGUCAAGAGCACAAAGGAUACCAGACAUUAUGCAUCCGAAGGACAUCUUCCAAGUGGAUCUGAAAGAUUCCAAGCCGUAGCACCACCGCCGCCACCACCACCUCUUCCGCCACCCACGACACCCCAUAUUGCAAGGAGAGCUAGUUUACAAGAUCACAAAAUCGAAGAUUCAAAAAAGGUGCCAUUGAUCGCUCAAAAGUCUAUGAGCAAUAUAUUGAAAGACAUCGAUAAAGUCAAGUUGAAGCCAGUUGCGAGAUCACCGGGUGGACGACCCCUGCGAGCUAAGCGUGAAAAUAGUCCCUGUAAUGAUCUACAAGAGAUCUUGCGCAAACGGUAUGUUGCAAUGCGGUCGCCCGAGAGUGGAAACUCUUCGGCGACUAUCACUCAAGACGACUCGUUCUAAACGGCUUUUCACACCUUUGAGUCACGAACUCGACAGUGUUCCAUUAUAGUGCAAAUAACAACGGAGGGGAAGAAUUGUGCUAAGACUUUUCUUUCUGUGAUGAAUAUUUUAUAAAGCCUUACGAAUCCAUAUUGCAUGUGUUCUGAAAAGACUUUGAGAACUGCUCGAGUGUUUCUCAGAACGUGGGGAUAUGAGCUCUCUUCGAAGCGUCUGAAAAAAUUUGCGAAAAGCGAUACAAUUAAAGCGAUCCAUUCUGAAGUAAUUGGGUGGACUUUUUAUAACGUUUUCAUUGGCACGCCUAAAUUGAUAAUGUAACGUACGUCUUCUCCGAAUAUCCGAUCCAGUCUUACUUUUAUCUCUGAGGCACCAAAAAAUUAUUAAGUGUACUUAUCUACUGUCACAUUCUCGAGGUGAACAUUUCAAUCGAUGCAACGUAAGUUACCUUUGUUUUAAGUGCUGCUACGGAAAAUAGCGUUUUACCAUGAAGUAGCUGGACAGAAAUAGACGAUCUAAGCUCGUAUCGAUUCCAAAUUUAAUAGAGAUUCUUUUUGGAUUUCAAAAUUAUCAAAUAGUACCUCUGUACAUAUCUCUUUGCGCCAAACGUAGAUCGAUAAGGCUCAAUGCAGAUAGACAACUAGACCGUGCGUUUACAGCAGACUUGCAGGAGUGGUUACGUUAAUCGUAAUGUUUUCUCUUCGUUUAACGGUACAACGUGAAUUACAGCAACUAUUGCAGAACGUAAUCGUGGCCAGAGACUGAAAGCAUUAAUCUGCGCUGUAACGCAUGUUCGACGUAUUUUACACCUGAAGCUUUUAUCAACAAGUCAGAAGUAAACGUUAUCGUUACAUAUCU